AUGGAUCUCUCGAUGAUCCUCAGUCCCGCCCUCGAGGAAGACGCACGUAGCGCGUUGCACGCCCCUCCUCCUCCUCCUCCUUCUUCGCUCGAGUGCAACCGCAACUGGAGCCUCGACGAGCUCCAGUGCGCCGUGGCGAUCCUUCAGGACUUUCAGCAGCCGAGCGUCGAGCCGCCCCGAGACGCCAGUUGGGGCAAAAGUGACGCCGCUUUCCACCACGAGCAAGAGAGGGACGUGCGACUCCGAGCUACCGACGAUGACGAUUUCGACGGUGCUGCAGAGCCAGCUGGUCGUGGGGAAACGACGACGACGACGACAAGUCAUUGGAAUUCAAACGAGCUCCAGGCGCCCUUUUGUACCAAGAGCAUGUCCAAACUGGACCUACUGGUUCAAGCAGACGCUGUCAUUGACCACGACCGCUCCCAAGCUCCGGCUUCUCCCCAUGACGACAAGUCGUCCCUCCACCUCCGCAGUGGAGUCUGGUCCCGUGCUGAAGAAGAGUACGCGAUCGCACUCGUAGGGUUCUUCUUGGACGGACUUUUGGACGUGCCAGAGGGCAUCACUCUCCGCAAGUAUGUCGCAGAGAAGCUCCGCUGCAACCGCCGUCGUGUCUCCAUGAAACUCGGCACGGGCUCGUUGGCAGGCCAGAAAAUUCCUAGGAAAGUGGGGGCCUCCGUGUUCAUUGCUGCCGACCCGGCUCCAAGCAAGAAGCAACGAGAGGAGAUCGAGUUCGUGCUAGAGGAGCUUCGUCAGGCCAGUUUUGACACUGGGCAGUGGAAUAGCAGUCACUGUGACGACAAGGACGGAAGUUGCAGUCAUUCUCAGCACAGAUUGGCAACGCAACGUGGCGAAAGCGAACCGUCUUCUUGCUCCAAGUCAACUAAUCAUGACCGCAAAAAGUACGCGUCGAAGCCUAAGCGUGGCAAGCCGACGAUCAUCCGCACAGGCUUCGAGUCUGCCGAAGAAGAGAAGUUUGUCAUUGCACUCUAUGAGUUUUUCAUGGAAGGGUCGCUGGAUAUACCCGAGGGUACGAAGUUGGUGCGUUAUCUGUGCCAGCAACUAGAAUGCACACCGGUGCAGCUGUCCAUGAAAUUAGCACCUCCGCGUAUGGGAGAACGCAAGCUGCCCGAUAAUAUCGGCUCUAUUCGAUAUGUGCGUAAGGUAGCAGGUGCUGCCUUGCCGGAUGAAAUCGACGACGAUGAUUUCGCAGAGGAGCUUUUUGAAGUGGAGAGCCGCAUUACGGAGCUUCGACUGGCCUGUGAGGACGCGCGGAAGAAUGUCACUUCGUUGACAGCGACGUCUGUCAAGCAUGAGCGCAAAAGCAGUGUCGACAGUAUGUCGAGUGCAGGAGCUCUUAGCUUGGCUACUUCACCAGAUACAAGCCCAGUGCCCGCCUUUCGGCGCACUGGCUCCUGGUCAUACGAAGAAGAGGUGUAUGCAGCUGCGCUAAUCGACUAUUUCUUCAAGGGGGUGCUGCGGAUCGCUGAGGGCACAACGCUUCGUGCUUUUCUAUCGUUGCGACUGUGCUGCAACCCCAUGCGUAUAUCAAAGAAGCUUGCUAGUGAGUGCAUUGCCGAGAUCUCCAUCCCGAAAAAGCUGGGGAGUUCGACUUACGUCUGCAGUGCGGAAGCGACUUCGGACGAGCAAGACGAGGCAGAAGAGACCCUUCGCAGAUUACAGCAUGCGUGCAUGCAACCGAGUACUGGUAAGAGCGGUGCUGUCUUGGGCUCAAAGCGCGUGCGUCAAUCUCGUGGUCCCCGCCAUCAAGUGCUGGCUUCUACAAACAAACAGGGUUUCGGGUCCGAUUCACACAGAGCCUUGGAGUCACUUGCACGCGAAAAGGUUCCCAAGAAACUCCAAAGAACAGCAACGAACCAAACGCCAGCAGCUCGGAAAGAGCAGCGGCGACGUUGUCAUGCGCCUCAUUCUGGCUCCGCGCUUGUUGUGGCGGCACCGCUAAAGCAGCAAUUGGCAUGA